CUCGGCGGCGGGAGGUUCGAAGAGGCUCGCGCUGGGCGGCGUGGGCGGAGACUUCUCCGGAGCGCCGGGCUCGCCUGCCGCCCCGAGGCCGCAGCUCCGUGGGGGCCGCCGGCCAGUGGGGACCCCCGCGGCUCGGUGGUCCGAGACCUGCCUGAGCCUGACGUUUUGGGGUGCCUUUAUCUGAAGUCCGGUCCAGCGUACGCCAGGCCCUGAGCUGUCACUCAACACUGAUCACAGAUGUAGUGGCCUAUGUUGAAGUGUGGUCAUCCAGUGGAGCAGAAAAUUAUUCAAAGACAUUUACAAACCAACUUGUAGAAAUGGGAGCAAAGGUUUCAAAAACUUUUAACAAACAAGUGACUCAUGUUAUAUUCAAAGAUGGGUACCAGAGCACUUGGAACAAAGCUCAGAAAAAAGGGGUAAAACUUGUCUCAGUGCUAUGGGUUGAAAAAUGCAAGACAGCUGGAGCACACAUUGAUGAAUCAUUAUUCCCUGCAGCUAAUACUAAGGAACACUUACCAAGCUUAAUGAAGAAAAAACGAAAGUGCAUGCAGCCGAAAGAUUUUAUUGCUAAAACUCCAGAAAAUGAUAAAAGACUUCAAAAAAAAAUUGAGAAAAUGACUAAAGAGCUACAAAGGCAAAAAACAACUCUAGAUAAUGAUAUACCUGUUCUCUUUUUCGAAUCCAAUGGUUCAUUGGUAUAUAGUCCCACAACUAAAAUUUAUAGUACUCACCACAGCACAAUGGAAAAGAGGCUCCAGGAAAUGAAGGAUAAAAGAGAAAAUCUUUCCCCUACAUCUUCCCAAAUGAUUGACCAGUCUCAUGAUAGUCCAGAUAACACUCUGUGUGAAGCAUCUUUGAACAUUUCACAUGAUACUUUGUGCUCAGAUGAAUCAUUUGUUGUUGGUUUACACUCGUCUUUUGAUGAUCUUUGUGGAAACUCAGAAUGUGGAAAUCAAGAAAGGAAAUUGAUAGUGUCCACUAAUGAAGUUAAAAGUGAUAUGCGUAUUUCUUCACCUGUAUUGAAAACAGAUAAUAGUCACUUGCCAGCACCUUCCACUUGCCUCAGUCAGUUAAGUCCUCAGAAAUCCAUGAGUAGUCUUUCAAAGGAGGAAAUAAAUUGUGAAAGAAACACUUCCGGUGAAAUGGUCACCCCUGACAGAAAGCAAGUUGAAGGUAUAUCUAAGGAAAUGUUUUAUGAGAACUAUAGUUUGGCUCCUGCCUUGUUGACAAAAGACUGUCAUUUGGUACAUUCAAGAUCUAAGAGUUCCUCAGCAAAAAGAAAAAGAAUGCCAGAAGACUUAGAUUUACCUCCCAAAGAAAAACUAAAGAAAAAGAGGUACAGCAGGAAGUCUAUUGUGCCAAGGUUGCAGAUGUUUGAGUCAGAAAACAGCCAGCAGCUUAUGACCAGAUCUGCCAUUGAGACUUUGGAUUUUGGGGUGUCCUCAUAUGAUGAUUAUUUUUCUCCUGAUAAUCUUAAGGAAAGGAAUGUAGAGAAUCUUCCUCCGAAAGCUCAGCCCUCAAGUCCUUCUCUAUUUAACUGCAGAAAAAGUCUUUCUAAGAGGGAGAGAGCAAGCAUAUUAGAAAAGUCUUAUUUUUCCUGCAUUAGUAUUAAAAACAGGUCAGUUGACAUUACUGAUUUAACAGCGAAAGCUAGCUCCAGUCCUCAGACACCUACAAACGAUGAAGGCAAUAUAACUUCAAGUUGUGUGACUUCUGAGAAUCCAUAUGUCACUGAAGAAUCUUCAUGUUGUCGUACACAGGCUGGCCCUCAGCAGAGGGAGAACACAUGCUCAGAUGAACACAACUUUUCUUAUAUUAUUGAUGACCCUACUCAUCUAAAAGGGCACCAUGGUGAUUUAACUUCUUUGAAAGGAAACAAUAAAGAAAUAAAAGAAUUGAUUGAUAUAAAAAGCAUGCAAAAAGAAGGUACCACUUCCAAAAUGUUGAACUCUUCUGAAGGUCAAGCACAAAGUGAUUAUAAGCUAAAAUUUGUAGAUGAUAUUAAUGUGGAAAAAUCUACAGAAGAGAAAGAAAACGUAUCCAGAGGACAUAGUGAAAGUGUUAAAAAUGGACCAAUAAGGCAUCAUGUUUUUGAUGGCUCAUGUGAAGGCUUUAAGGAUCGCAUCAGUUCUCAUGAGGAAUCAAAGAAAAAUGGGAAAGUCAAAAAGCCAACAAGAACAUUAGUCAUGACAAGCAUGCCAUCUGAAAAACAGAAUGUCAUCAUCCAGGUUGUAAAUAAACUGAAAGGCUUUUCAUUUGCACAUGAAGUCUGCGAGACUACUACACACGUGCUCGUGGGAAAGCCGCUUCGCACCCUGAACGUGCUACUGGGACUCGCUCGUGGCUGCUGGGUUCUUUCUUAUGAAUGGGUACUAUGGUCUCUCGAAAUGGGUCAUUGGAUUUCUGAAGAGCCGUUUGAACUUUCUAACCACUUCCCUGCAGCUCCU